AUGCCGGAGGACAGUGUUGUACAGGUGGUCUUGACAGCCCAGGCGCUGAGAAGGAGAGGAAGAGAGGGACUCAAAUGUCAUCACUGUCAGCACUGUGACAAAUCCUUCACAAAAUCUGGAAAUUUGAAGAUUCAUCAGAGAGUUCACACUGGAGAGAAACCGUACAGCUGUGACCAGUGUGGAAAAGCUUUCACUACAUCAGGUGACCUAAAAAUCCACCAACGUGUUCACACUGGAGAGAAACCGUACAGCUGUAACCAGUGUGGGAAAACGUUCACUCAAUCAGGUGACCUAAAAAAGCACCAACGUGUUCACACUGGAGAGAAACCAUACUGCUGUGAACAGUGUGGAAAAACCUUUGCUCGGUCAGGUACCCUAAAAAUCCACCAACGAGUUCACACCGGCGAGAAACUGUACAGCUGUGACCAGUGUGGGAAAACGUUCAUUACUGCAGGUCAACUAAAAAUUCACCAACGUGUUCACACUGGAGAAAAACCAUACCGGUGUGAACAGUGUGGAAAAACCUUUGCUCGAUCAGGUACCCUAAAAAUCCACCAACGUGUUCACACUGGAGAGAAACCGCACUGGUGUGAACAGUGUGGGAAAACCUUCACUCGAUCAGGUACCCUAGAAAAGCACCAACGUGUUCACACUGGAGAGAAACCGUACUGCUGUGAACAGUGUGGGAAAGCUUUCACUACACCAGGUUACCUAAAAAUCCACCAACGUGUUCACACGGGAGAGAAACCGUACUGGUGUGACCAGUGUGGAAAAACUUUCACUCAGUCAAAUAACCUAAAACUCCACCAACGUGUUCACACUGGAGAGAAACUGCACAGCUGUGAACAGUGUGGGAAAACUUUCAGGACAUCAUGGGAAGUACUAAUCCACCAACGUGUUCACACUGGAGAGACGCCGUACUGGUGUGAACAGUGUGGGAAAACUUUCAAGACAUCAGGUGCCCUAAAAACCCACCAACGUGUUCACACUGGAGAAAAACCGUAUUGGUGUGAACAGUGUGGGAAAACUUUUGCUCAAUCAGGUGCCCUAAAAAAGCACCAACGUGUUCACACUGGAGAGAAACCGUACAGGUGUGAACAGUGUGGGAAAACUUUCACUAUGUCAGGUAACCUAAAAAAGCACCAACGUGUUCACACUGGAGAGAAACCGUACUGCUGUGAACAGUGUGGGAAAACUUUCACUACACCAAGUUACCUAAAAAUCCACCACCGUGUUCACACGGGAGAGAAACCGUACUGGUGUGACCAGUGUGGAAAAGCUUUCACUCAAUCAAAUAACCUAAAACUCCACCAACGUGUUCACACUGGAGAGAAACUGCACAGCUGUGAACAGUGUGGGAAAACUUUCAGGACAUCAGGUAACCUAAAAACCCACCAACGUCUUCACAUUGGAGAAAAACCGUACGGUUGUGGCAUGUGUGGCAAAUUUUACACACACAGUAAAAUCCUUAAAAGACACAAAUGCAUUGACAAAGCAUCAUUGUGCCACGAGAUCACGCCACCCUCCCUCACCCCUCUGCUGGAGGGAGGGUCCUGGAAGAAAAAACAACGAGCAGCGCAUGCGCACUGUCAGCUCAGCGCACGGAGAGACAAGAUGGCGGCAGUAACGUCGACGAGCUCCGGACAGAAAGUUUCUGCUAACUGCGAGCCGGACCCGGACCCGGACCCGGACAGCCGGGAAGUCAGCACCCGGGAACGGAGAGGAAGAGAUGGACUCAAACGUCACUGCUGUCAGCACUGUGAAAAAUCCUUCACAACAUCGAAGAAUUUAAAAAUGCAUCAGCGUGUUCACACUAGAGAGAAACCAUACAGUUGUGAACAGUGUGGAAAAGCUUUCACUACAUCAAAUGAACUUAAAAUUCACCAACGUGUUCACACAGGAGAGAGACUGCAUAGCUGUGGCCAGUGUGGGAAAGCUUUCGCUCUAUCAGGUGACCUACAAAAGCACCGUCGCAUCCACACUGGAGAGAAACCAUACUGGUGUGAACAGUGUGGGAAAACUUUCAUUUCAUCAACUAAACUACAAAGUCACUGUCGUGUUCACACUGGGGAGAAACCAUACAGCUGUGGCCAAUGUGGGAAAGCGUUCACUCAGUCUAGUAGUCUAAAAUGUCACCAACGUAUUCACACUGGAGAGACACCAUACAGUUGUGACCAAUGUGAGAAAGCUUUCACUUCAUCAGGUAGUCUAAAAUACCACCAACGUGUUCACACAGGAGAGAGACCGCAUAGCUGUGGCCAGUGUGGGAAAACUUUCGCUAGAUCAAGUGGGUUAAAAACCCAUCUACUUGUUCACACUAGAGAGAGACCAUACAGCUGUGACCAGUGUGGGAAAGCUUUUCCCCAUUUGGGUACUCUAAAAAAACACCAACGUGUUCACACUGGAGUGAAACCAUACUGGUGUGAACAGUGUGGGAAAACUUUCACUGGAUCGAGUGCACUAAAAAUGCAUCAGCGUGUUCACACUAGAGAGAAAUCGUACAGUUGUGACCAGUGUGGAAAAGCUUUCACUACAUCAUAUGAACUUAAAAUUCACCGUCGUGUUCACACUGGAGAGAAACCAUACUGGUGUGAACAGUGUGGGAAAACUUUCACUGGAUCGAGUGCACUAAAAAUGCAUCAGCGUGUUCACACUAGAGAGAAAUCGUACAGCUGUGACCUGUGUGGGAAAGCAUUCGCUCUAUCGGGUGACCUACAAAAGCACCGUCGUAUCCACACUGGAGAGAAACCAUACUGGUGUGAACAGUGUGGGAAAACUUUCAUUUCAUCAGCUAAACUACAAAGUCACUGUCGUGUUCACACUGGGGAGAAACCGUACAGCUGUGGCCAAUGUGGGAAAGCUUUCACUCAGUCAGGUAGUCUAAAAUGCCACCAACGUAUUCACACUGGAGAGACACCGUACAGCUGUGACCAAUGUGAGAAAGCUUUCACUUCAUCAGGUAGUCUAAAAUACCACCAACGUAUUCACACUGGAGAGAAACCGUACAGCUGUGACCAAUGUGAGAAAGCUUUCACUACAUCAAGUAGUCUAAAAUACCACCAACAUGUUCACACUGGAGGGAAACCACACAGCUGUGACCAGUGUGGGAAAGGUUUCAUUAUAUCAGGUGAACUAAACAUUCACCGUCGUGUUCACACUGGAGAGAGACCAUACUGGUGUGAACAGUGUGGAAAAACAUUUAUUCACAGUAAAUCCCUUAAUUUCCAUCAACGCAGUCACACUGCAUUGUUAUGAAUAGUUUUCAAAGCCAAGCUAGCUGGUUCCUCCUGCCUCCUCCUAAUGCCCUGAUAGCUGUGGUGUGUUAUAUUCUGAGCUUUUCUACAAACUGAGAGAUAGACAAUAGUGACUUUAAAUUCUGAGCAGCAUGUAUGUUACUGUGGUUACAACUACAUACUGGCCUUCUGUAAUCUAACACUAUGUAGCCAUGAGUUCACACCACCCAGAAGUGGUCCAGAGUCGGGCUGUUUUUUUUCUACUGAUACUGUCUGUUUCAAUGAUUUUCACUUCACUUCAAAUUAACUUUUACUAUGAUUUCAUAAACUAUUGUCAAAGAAUAA